GACUAACUCUCUCGCUGCCUCUCCAUCUCCUUCAGUGUCUCGAAUCCGAAAACAGAGCUCCGCGCUGGGGUCUGAAGUGGCCGCCGACAGAGCUCCGUGUUGCAGUCAUGGCGGCUCCGUUAGCCCAUUUUGACGAGGACUGGCAGGAUUUUAACGAAUUCAAGCCGUCCUCCGCUACCGCCGAGCAGCUGGACCAGCUGAACUCCAAUGUGGGCGAUUCGUCGUCGGGCCUAGACGAUUUCUCCGACCUGGACAACAGUUUCUCCGGGGAGAUAUGCAGCUUCAAGUCGAUGGAGGACCUCGUCCACGACUUCGACGAGAAGCUGACAGUUUGUUUCCGAAAUUACAACACCGCAACGGAGAACAUAGCGCCCAUUAAACCCAUCACAGAGGACAAUUACCUGAAAGACGACGAGGUGUGGAAUGCUCUAACGGAUAAUUAUGGCAACGUGAUGCCGGUGGACUGGAAAACAUCGCACACUCGCUCCCUACACCUGCCCACCCUCAACCUCACUGAGCUCGAGAAGUUGGACAACCAGUCUCUGGAUCUGUCAGACGACGAGGAGCUGAGGGAGCAGAUGGACAUGCACUCCAUCAUCGUGUCCUGCAUCAACAAUGAGCCGCUCUUCACAGCUGAACAGGUGAUCGAGGAGAUAGAAGAGAUGAUGCAGGAGUCUCCAGACCCAGACGAUGAUGACAGUCCUUCACAGUCCGACCUCUCCAUGCUCUCUCAGGACCUCCAUGCCCUGAAACGCUCGGGCUCCAACACCAGCUACGAGGACCGGCUGCGACAUCUCUCUGUGUCUGAGCUGACCGAGACUCUGGAGGAAGUGGAGACGGCCAUCCGCCGCUACAGCGAGGAGCUGAUCCAGGCUCUGGCCCUGCGGGACGAACUGGACUACGAAAAGGAGGUGAAGAACAGCUUCAUCUCGCUGCUGAUCGACGUGCAGAACAGACAGAAGGAGCACCGCGAGCUGCUGCGGAAGAAGAAGAAAAUCAGAAGUACGACAACAACCGGGCCCAACGGCCAAAGGACAACCAGCACGCACAUACCGGGCACGCUCCUCACUCUGGAGGGACUCUCCAAUGUCAUUCAAAAUGGCCUCCGUCAAACUUUUGGCAACACAGGAGGGGACAAACAGUAUCUGACCACAGUAAUCCCAUAUGAGAAGAAAGCAGGCUCCCCACCAGUCGAAGACCUCCAGAUCCUCACAAAGAUCCUCCACGCCAUGAGGGACGACAGCGAGAAGGUGCCUGCCCUGCUUACAGACUACAUCCUCAAAGCUCUGGUAUGAGAGCAGUGGAAACUGAGGUUUGUGAGGCACUGACACAUUAACACAGAUUCUUCACCUUCAGCUUUCUCUUCUGAGCCCUGUCGACCUCUUUCUCUCUCAGUACGCCUUCGUAGCAACAGUAUCUCCUUCCCCGAAGCAGCUGCCUUCUCUCUCUAACUCACUCACUCACUCACUCACUGCAGUUUACUUCCCGUAGUUCUGAGCAGCUACAUCUAACCCUGAAACACACCAUCACCCUCAUUCACAACCCCACUCCCCCCCCUUUUCUGCAAGCUUGUAGUAGCAGCCGCUCUCUCACCUCUCUCUUCUCUCAGCCCACAUUUUUUCCCCCCAUUGUCGUAGUUGCUCUUCCAUUUUUCCCAGCUCUCCUUCUUGUGCCACUUUUGGACUCAGGGUAAUCAUCAUCUGAUCUGCUUUUGUCUCCACAGUUCUUUGUCCCACGUAAGGCCAAAGGCGAGCCUCCUGUUUCCAGAACCACCCAUUCCACCGUCAUGAGGGUUCUGGUAAUCUGGAAGAAAUGAGAACUAGACUGUCUAUCCUUACAUUUUUUUUUCCUUUUGUUUGAACUCUACCAUUUGUCGCUCCGAAGAUUUUAACUCUAGAUAUCCUCGGUCCUUAUAGAUCUUUUCAUUCAUCAUGUUUAAAUUUUUCUCUUGCCUGAAUUCUACAACACUUAUGUCAUGAUUGCAUGAUGACUCAUCUAUGGAUGCUGGUAAUCAGUAUCUAUGCAACACUUUACUUCCUUUAUAGCCAGUUGCUCGUAGAAACAGAAGGGUCAGUUGAUUUUGAAUCUUUGAUUUUGAGGCUUUCUCAGUAAGGGUGGAAAUGCAUCGCAACCUUUCUGCUUUGUAAAUCAAAUCUAUUUGCAUCAGUCCAGCCCAUACCUGACAGAGAUAAACAAAUCCUGGCAGGAUAUCGAAGUGCCAGGUGGGUCGUUGUAUGAAGCAUUAAUCCUGAUUUUUUUGCUUCUAUGAUGUUGAUUGGUUCCUUGAUAUAAUGACCUUGGGUAGAAACCUGCUUGCUAAGGAUCAAAGAGCAAACCCUUUAUUUUGAAAAUCCCAGAUCAUUUGUCCAACUGUCUCUGCAUGUUGAUUUUGGGGUUUCUGCUCAAUGUUAGCUGUUAACUGAAGGCUCAAAUGAAAUAUUUUGUAUAAGAUUAAGAGAAAUUGCACAGUUUUGGGAACUUUUUUACUGUUUGAAAAAGGGAAAAAAAUGUGAAACGACUUGAGAAAAGUAAUGAAGCUGAAUGAACAAACAUGUAAAGCAUAUUUUUGGAGAUGGAUUUUGGCUAUUUUUGUGAGAUUAGGGAUUUUCCAGUUGCCAGUUUUGAGACCAGAUAGCAACACCAUUUUGUAAAUGCUGUCCAUUGACCUCUGAACCCUCAAGUAGUGACCGCCAUCCCCAACAACUUUAUCACUUCCCCCAGGAGUCGUGUGAACAUUCAAAUACCUCGUAUGACGUAACUGCAUUAUAAAAGACCGAGGACUGAACAGGUGGAGUCUACACGAGUAGGCUCGUUCAGAUCAUGUCUGGUUUGAUAAUAGAGUAGUAAAGCUUCUGUUAAAAACCUGUGGGUUAACCCUUUAACUGUUGUGAUCAUGUUGUGGUAGUGCUUUAGUCGGCCAGUGAUCUGGUCCUGUGUGUAUUAGUGGAGAAAUGUGGUGGAGGUACUUCUGACUAGAUUAGUUGAAGUUUAGAAGCUUUAAGCGUGUGGUGCCAAAAGCACGUCAACAUAAACAACUGUUGUCGUGCAUCCUUUUUCAUGUUUACCUUAUUGGCCAGCAUAAGAAAUUAAACCUUAAAGGGGGACUACAAAGAUUUCACAUUGAAGUCACUUAAGAUAUGUUAUGAAGGGUUAUUCAACCUCUAAAAACAGGGGUUAACUCUCUUCAGAAGCUUUAGUCAAAGUAGAGAAAAUGAUGUCAUUGUGAUGACAUCAACAGUUAUCUUGACUCAAGACUAACUAUUUUAACACAUAGUCUCUGUUACAAACUUGCUAUACAAAAUCAAACUCAAAGAGAAUUUCCAACUGAAUUUAAAGCUCCUGUGAGGAACUUUCACUUCAUGCUGAUUCUGGUGAACCCUGCGGACAAAGCUGUAGGUUUUAUUUAAAUGCUGAUUUUUGUCCUGUACACGCCACAGCAUGUGUUUUGUUGAACAAAAAUGUAUUUUUUUUAACAGUCAGAUGUAUCACACAUCAAAAGUCUUUGCCAUGAAAAAUGUCCCAAAGGUUUGUUUCUGCAGCGUGCAGUUCACUUUCUGUGACACCUUCCCUGCUGCUGCAGUUUCAGGCUUUAACAGUAACAAUACAGAAAUAGUGGGUCAUGUCUCAGGACACAUUUGUAGCUCACAAAGAGACAUCCGUAUUAAUGUCAGCUCCUGUUCUAAUGAUUGAAAAGUCCCCACAGGAGUUUUAAGGAAAUAACAAUCAUAUCUUUUUGACUUCUCCUCCUUAUUAAAUGUGAAACACACAAGCCACCCAGGUGUAUGGUAGUCCAAUAUGAAAUCACCGCAUCAUCCCUUUAAAGCUGGACGCACCACUAAUCAAGCACUGCAUGUUUACAAUGAGCUAAAGUUAACAUUCAGACCACCAGCUACUACAGGUGCACCCCACGCUGUCACAUCAGGUAUAGUGCAGCUCUCAGGUAUGAUCUCCAGUGUUAGUAGAUUCAAAUCUUAUUCUGAAAGGUACUGACAUUCCUGAGCCUUUGUAUAUUUCUUUCAACGUUUUACCAGUAAGACUGGCUGCACUUUUUGCAAUCUCCGAAUACCUGAAAACAAAAAAAACGUGGCAGCCUCUCCACUGAAAUCAGGGUAGCAUUACAGAUGUUGAUAAUGUCAUUUAUUGUUCAAACAGUUUGAAGUGGUUUUCUCUGCUUAGUAGCAACAGUAGUAGGUGUAGCCAGUAUCAGUAGCAUCCUCUUGGUGUAGCAACCUAGUGACAGUAGAGUAGUUGCGGUUGUAGCUUCUAGCAAGCAAACUUUGAUUCAUUAACAAAGUCAGUGGUUAAUAUGCAGGAGCAAAGGAAUGAACUUCUACUGCUGACAGUUCUUAAGCACAUCUCUGAUGCAUGUGGUCAGGUGUAGGAAGACGAAAAGGGGUGUGAUAAAGUUCAUGGACGUUGGGGGAGGUUGCACAAUGCGUUGCUUCAACAUGAGAGGUUCAUGUAUACUUUUUAAAGAAAGACUUUCUGUGUUGUAUUUAACUAUUUAUAAGUACAUGUUCUUCUUUCUUACCCUUCUUUGGAAACAUUUGUAACCUAGCAUGUGCUAAUGCAAUGUACUGCUAAAAACACAUCUAUAAUACUGAUUCAUUCCUUUAUGGACUUGUUAGUGUCACACUAAAGGGAAAAGUGCAUGUUACAAAUAAAGUGCAGAAAAAGCAGAAAUAUUGAAUUUUAACUGUUGAUACGUCAUCAAAGAGGGUUAAUCUCGAGUAAGCUCUCGGAAGUAUAACACACGAGCCAUUUUCAGAACGAAAAACCAUGAACGGAUCAAAAUGUAUCAAGUCAACAUCUUUGUAAGUGGAUCUUUAGUUUUAUACUGAAAUGGCAGUCAGGACGGAGGAGGAUCUCUUCUAAGGCCAGAGCUCCUCAUCAGAUCUCCUGUUAGCACACAUAUCAAUGGAACUACACUUGAGAGGUUUCUAUAUUUCUAUAUUUACAACGAAAACAAGCAACAGAAAAAAAAGGCUGCCUUUGUAAAUGCUGAACAUUUUUGUACAUUAAACCAACUUCCUCUUUUGUUUUAAAUGCAAUAUAAUUCCCAGUUUGGGUUUUUUUUUAUGUUUACUGUCUCAUGUGGUACUGCAGUGUAUUAAUUUAUUGUGUUAAUGUUUGUUUUGUAACCAUAUUAUUGACUGUAAUGGUACAAGUGUUUUGUGCCCUCAUUGCAUUGCAACUCAUUUCAAAUAAAUGAAUAGGUGAUGACUUUAA